CAUCAAUUUAAAAAAGGAAUUGUAGUGUUUUAUAACUCCUAGCUAUAUAGGAACUAAUAAACACGAAUAUAUAUCAUAUAUUAUAUAUGGAGGACAAAAAAAAAAAUAACUCCUCAAUAUCCUUAUCCUUCCCCUCCCCGGAAAAUGGUGUCUACGACGAGGAAAAACACACCUCCGGCAGUGAUUCUCCGGCAAAAACAUGCCGGAGAAAGCCUGGUGGAUGGAGAGCUAUGCCUUAUGUUCUAGGAAAUGAGACAUUUGAGAGGUUGGCAACAAUAGGGUUAUUGGCAAAUUUCAUGCAGUUUUUAUUAACAGUGUUUCAUUUGGACCAAGUGUCUGCUUCUAAUGUUCUUAAUAUAUGGUCUGGCAUUACUAAUUUCAUACCAUUGCUUGGUGCUUUUAUUUCCGAUGCAUAUAUUGGUCGGUUUUGGACUAUUGCUUUUGCCUCCGUCUUUGAAAUAAUGGGAAUGAUGACAUUGACCUUUAUACCUUGGUUACCUAAGCUACACCCUCCUCCUUGCAAAAUGGGCCAACAAUGUCAUAGGCCCAACAAGUCACAAAUGGGCUUUCUAGCAAUGGGCCUAGGACUUUUAUCCAUUGGGUCUGGUGGAAUAAGGCCCUGUAGUAUCCCAUUUGGUGUGGACCAAUUUGAUUCAACAACAAAUGAAGGAAGAAAAGGAAUUGCUAGUUUCUUUAAUUGGUAUUACACAUCGUUUACAGUGGUACUGAUUAUUGCAGUUACACUUGUGGUGUAUAUUCAAGAUUCUGUGAGUUGGGUAAUUGGAUUUGGUAUCCCUACGAUACUCAUGUUCUUGUCUAUCAUUUUAUUUUUCAUUGGAACGAAAGUGUACGUCUAUGUGAAGCCAGAAGGAAGUAUUUUCUCGAGCAUUGUCCAGGUUUUUGUAGCGGCUCACAAGAAACGUAAGCUUAUGCUUCCUGAUGAACGUGAGAGUAACAGGGUAUUUUAUGAUCCGUUGUUACCCAAAGGAUCUAUCGUGAACAAACUCCCUUUAACCAAUAAAUACAGAUCAUUGAACAAAGCAGCUAUAGUGAUGGAGGAUGAAGUUAAUAAUGAUGGUACUUGUUCAAAUAAAUGGAGACUAUGUAGUAUCCAACAAAUUGAAGAAGUAAAAUGCCUUCUCCAAAUAAUUCCAGUUUGGGCAACAGGGAUUAUUUGUUUCACAGCCAUGGCACAACAGGGCACAUUCACAAUGUCACAAGCUCUAAAAAUGGACCGUCACCUCGGGCCUAAAUUCCAAAUCCCACCCGGUUCCCUCUCCGUUAUAUCGAUGAUCACCGUAGGUAUAUGGCUACCAAUCUAUGAUCGAUUAAUCGUGCCAUCGGUUAGAAAAAUCACAAGAAUUGAAGGUGGGAUCACAUUGUUACAAAGAAUUGGAAUUGGUAUGGUUUUUUCGAUUUUAUCGAUGGUUGUAGCAGGGCUAAUUGAAAAGGUACGAAGAAAUGCCGCGAUAAUGCAUAAUAGUCCUGAUGGAAUUGCACCUAUUACAGUCAUGUGGUUAGCUCCACAACUAAUACUUAUGGGAUUUGCUGAGGCUUUUAACAUACUUGGUCAAAUUGAGUUUUACAAUAAGGAAUUUCCUGAAAAUAUGAGUAGUGUGGCUAAUUCUCUGUUUUCUUGCACGGUGGCUGGUGCAAGUUAUUUAAGCAGUUUAUUAGUGAACAUUUUGCAUAAUACAACAGGGGGACAUGGACAUUCAGAUUGGUUAACAAAGGAUAUUAACGAAGGUCGAGUUGAGAAUUACUACUAUCUUAUUGCAGGAUUAGGUGUGUUGAAUUUGUUCUACUUUUUAUAUGUUGCUCGUCGAUAUCAGUAUAAGACAACAUUAGUAGUUGAUGAAGGAAUUAAGGCUUUUUCUGAUGUUCAUGAACUUCAUGACAUCAAGUAUUAAGCUACUUGUACUUAAUUAGUUGCAUAUUAGUGCAUCUAACUAGUAGUACUUUUGAUUAUUAUAUAGUAGUUUUUGGUCAUGGUAGUACUUAGAUGAUUAUAGAUAAGAAAUGUAAGUAAGGAGGAAAGUUGAUCUACUUAAUGAAAGUAAGAUAUGCUUCUUUUUUUUUUGGUA